AUGCAAUUAAAUGAAUUAGAAGGAGAAGAUGAAGAAUUUCAAAACUUUCUUAAACAAGUAACAUUAUCGAAAAAAUCUGAUGAAACUAAACAAACUCCAACUAAUAAUGAUGAACGUCUUGCUAUUAAACCUGAACCUGGCUGUUGUUUAAAAACUAAACGAAUUGAUGCUGAAACCAAUGAAAAAGUCUUCAUUAAUGUUUGUACAUCAACUCAAAUAAAUGCUCCAAGAGAAAUAACCGAAGAAGAACUUAUUGAAAUUGUUAAAUCCGAAGAUCCAGGAAGAUAUCGUGUACCAAUUAGUUUGGGUGAACCCGUAGCUGAUCUUGAUAAACAUGGACAAGCUUGUAUAAUUUUUACCAUAAUUAUACAUCCUGAUUUUUAUCGUCGUGCUGAAACAAGUGAAACAUUUAGGAAUUUUUUACUUACGUUAAUAUAUGAAGGCUUAGAAAAUAAAUAUCCACAAUUUAAACUUGAUACUGGUAAGUCAACUAUUAUUUUCCUCACUGUAUUUUUCGUUUGGACAAUACUCAUACAAGGUUUUUUUGAAAAAAAAAGCAUUAAUAGCAAUGUGUUAACAAAAAAAUACGCAUAA